AUGAAGGUUCCUUUAAUUUUGGUGGCGUGCGUGUGGGUAGAGGAGGAGGAAGAAGAAGAAGAAGAAGAUGGGAGAUUGGGGGCCAGUUUUUGUGUCUGUGGUGCUUUUCAUUCUCCUCACUCCAGGGCUUUUGGUCCAGAUUCCAGGAAGAGGCAGCUUCAUAGAGUUUGGAAACUUUCAAACAAGUGGCUUAUCAAUACUCAUCCAUGCUAUCCUCUACUUUGCCCUAGUUUGCAUCUUCAUGUUAGCAAUUGGGAUCCACAUGUACUUGGGCUAAAUCAUCAUCAAUCCUCAUCUAUACUAUACACUUUUUAUUACAUGUAUAGUUUUCUUCCUUUGCUUUGUAAAUUUCUUGGAAUCAAGCUUGUGAAUUAA